AUAUUCCCUGCCCUGAUCCAAGGUGCCGCUCGGCCUCCCUCCCAGGGAAGACUGCUUCUUGUGUGACACCAGCCAUAGAAAGAGACUCCGAUGGACUUACACCGGGCAGCCUUCAAGAUGGAGAACUCAUCCUACCUCCCCAACCCACUGGCAUCCCCAGCACUGAUGGUCCUGGCGUCCACGGCUGAGGCCAGCCGCGAUGCUUCCAUACCUUGUCAGCAGCCACGACCCUUUGGUGUACCUGUCUCAGUAGACAAGGACGUGCAUAUUCCAUUCACCAACGGUUCCUAUACCUUUGCCUCUAUGUACCAUCGGCAAGGUGGGGUGCCGGGCACUUUUGCCAAUCGUGAUUUUCCCCCUUCUUUACUACACCUCCACCCUCAAUUUGCCCCUCCAAAUCUAGAUUGCACCCCAAUCAGUAUGCUGAAUCAUAGUGGUGUGGGGGCUUUCCGUCCCUUCGCUUCCACUGAGGACCGGGAGAGUUAUCAGUCAGCCUUUACGCCCGCCAAACGACUUAAAAACUGCCAUGACACAGAAUCUCCCCACUUGCGCUUCUCAGAUGCAGAUGGCAAGGAAUAUGACUUUGGGACACAGCUGCCAUCUAGCUCCCCCGGUUCACUUAAGGUUGAUGAUACUGGGAAGAAGAUUUUUGCUGUCUCUGGCCUCAUUUCGGAUCGGGAAGCUUCAUCUAGCCCAGAGGAUCGGAAUGACAGAUGUAAGAAAAAGGCAGCAGCACUGUUUGACAGCCAGGCCCCUAUUUGCCCCAUCUGCCAGGUCCUGCUAAGGCCCAGCGAGUUGCAGGAGCAUAUGGAGCAAGAACUGGAACAGCUGGCCCAGCUGCCUGCCAGCAAGAAUUCCCUUCUGAAGGAUGCCAUGGCUCCAGGCACCCCCAAGUCCCUCCUGUUGUCUGCUUCAAUCAAGAGGGAAGGAGAGUCUCCAACAGCAUCACCACACUCCUCUGCCACUGAUGACCUGCACCAUUCAGACAGAUACCAGACCUUCCUGCGAGUGCGAGCCAACCGGCAGACCCGACUGAAUGCUCGGAUUGGGAAAAUGAAACGGAGGAAGCAAGAUGAAGGGCAGGUAUGUCCCCUGUGCAACCGCCCCCUGGCAGGAUCGGAGCAGGAGAUGAGUAGGCAUGUGGAGCAUUGCCUUUCUAAGAGGGAAGGCUCCUGUGUGGCCGAGGAUGAUGCCGUGGAUAUCGAGCAUGAGAAUAGCAACCGCUUUGAGGAAUAUGAGUGGUGCGGGCAGAAGCGGAUACGGGCCACCACUCUCCUGGAAGGUGGUUUCCGAGGCUCUGGCUUCGUCAUGUGCAGCGGCAAGGAGAAUCCGGACAGUGAUGCUGACCUGGAUGUGGAUGGGGAUGACACUCUGGAGUAUGGGAAGCCACAAUACACAGAAGCUGAUGUCAUCCCCUGUACAGGCGAAGAGCCUGGUGAAGCCAAGGAGAGAGAGGCACUCCGGGGUGCAGUCCUAAAUGGCGGCCCUCCCAGCACACGCAUCACGCCUGAGUUCUCUAAAUGGGCCAGUGACGAGAUGCCAUCUACCAGCAACGGUGAGAGCAGCAAGCAGGAGGCCAUGCAGAAGACCUGCAAGAAUAGUGACAUCGAGAAAAUCACCGAAGAUUCAGCUGUGACCACGUUUGAGGCCCUGAAGGCUCGGGUCAGGGAACUUGAACGGCAGCUAUCCCGUGGGGACCGUUACAAAUGCCUCAUCUGUAUGGACUCCUACUCGAUGCCCCUAACGUCCAUCCAGUGUUGGCAUGUGCACUGUGAGGAGUGCUGGCUGCGGACCCUGGGUGCCAAGAAGCUCUGCCCUCAGUGCAACACCAUCACAGCGCCGGGAGACCUGCGGAGAAUCUACUUGUGAGCUAGCCACCCCAGCAGGCCUUGCCUGGAGCAGCUCACCUGCCCGCCUCUGUGACGUGACCCUCCCCCUUGUACAUAUUUGCACACAUAUUCCCCGUGUACAUACAUGCACACAUACGUGCACGUUUGUGCACACGCGCACGCACACACACACACACACACACACACACACACACAGGACUCUCUGGAGCCAGAGUGGAGGCUGAGACCCAGGCCUUGCCUGCUGGUUCCCACCAAAACUGAGGACCAUACCUGUUUGGGUUCUGUUCCAGGGUGGGGCAAGGAGGUGGAGGUGAGGGGGAAUAGUUGGGCAAGGCUCCUGAGAUACAGCCCCCAGACUGACAGACGGACAGACAGACAUGCAAACGCCAGACUGAAGCACAUGUAAUAUAGACUGUGUAUGUUUACAAUGUUGUGUAUAAAUGGGACAACCCCUCGAUCCCCGCUCCACCCUCACCCCUUUGGUUGUAUGAUUUUCUUCUUUUUUUUUAAGAACACCUGGAAGCAGUGCCCCCUUCAGGGCUGGCUGGGGGCUCGGCCCAUCCACCUCUCAGGGUGCCUGCCUCUCUCUCCCCCAUGGUAUCCCUUCCCUCUCCCACGUGCUCGGUGUUCAGUGGUGUAUAUUUCUUCCCCCAGACAUGGGGCACAUGCCCCAAGGGACACGAUCCUCUCCUUAGUCUUAGCUCCUGGGGCUCUUUAUAAGGAGUUGGGGGAGAGGGGAGACACAGGAAAUGGGAACUGAGCUGAAGCAGGGGCUGAGAUUGGGGCUGGAUGAGUAUGCUCCUGGCUGCCCAGCCGCCUAUCAAGAACCAUUCCUGGGAUUAGAACUGCUGUUCCCAGGGGAAGUGGUCUCCCCCACCCCUCCCAUGGGCCCCACGGUGUGAUGCUGUGUCUGUAUAUUCUAUACAAAGGUACUUGUCCUUUCCCUUUGUAAACUACAUUUGACAUGGAUUAAACCAAUAUAAAUAGCU